AUGCGUUUCACAACUACUCUCGGAUGGCUCCUCGCUGGAGCAACCUUCACUUCUGCUGCAACCUCGCCCACAAAAGCCACCAGUGCUACUUCUUCUCCUGGCGCUAGCCCUUCCCCUGGAGCUUUGACCUCGUGCUCAUUGGCAUCUGGGGAUACGCAAGUUCUUCAAUUCAGCUGGGCUCUCUCCGAGUUCAUCUCCGAGUUCUACGCAUCCAUGCCUGUCAACGAGAAUGUUGCCUCUCAGCUACAGAAUAGCUCCAGUGCAAGCAAGGCACUUUCCAACCUCCAGGGCCUUGAGAAGCAAAACAACCUGAGCAUUGAAGCCAUUCAGCAACUCAGCUCAAAGGCCCCCAACUUCAAGCAACCGAAGUGCUCUUUCACCAUUCCAAAAGCAGACAGUAUCCCGGCAUUCGCAACGUUCGCCUAUCAAUUCGAGUCUACAGUGUCUGGUGGCUUUAUUGGCCUGGCUGGCUAUACUCAAUCUCCGGAGGUCUCCUUCCUCCUGGCUCGUCUGGCGGCUGAACACAGUGCCCACGCCACUUGGAUUGGCAGUCGCGUGAAUUCCUCCAUGUUUUCGCCCAGCAGCAAUUCCCUGGUGGAUGCAUACUCUCCCACCCAGAUCCUUCAGUCGAAGAACCAGACCGGAAGCCUUGGCCAAUACUUGAACGGUUGUGUGACUGCACCUAAGAGCCCAUGCGGUUCGAUUCAAAUUGGACCGCUAGACGCCACUGUGACGGCCAGCGCAACGGGCAGUUCCGGAACUUCUAAGCGCCGAUUCUGA